CAAAGUGAAUUGAUUUACUUCGUUAAUGUACUUUCUAACCCUAGAGGUUUGUUUGGAUAUGAAAAUUUUAAUCAGGAAGAGGUACAAGCUGACACUGAAAGUGAUGAUGACGAGCAGCAGAUUUAUAAUCCCCUGAAGUUGCCAAUGGGUUGGGACGGGAAGCCUAUACCUUACUGGUUAUAUAAGCUUCAUGGUCUUGGUCAGGAAUUCAAAUGUGAGAUAUGCGGGAAUCACAGUUACUGGGGCCGCAGGGCUUAUGAGCGACACUUCAAGGAAUGGCGACAUCAGCAUGGGAUGCGUUGUCUUGGCAUUCCAAAUACCAAGAACUUCAACGAAAUCACAUCAAUUGAGGAGGCAAAGCAACUCUGGGAGAGAAUACAAGAACGACAGGGAGUGAACAAGUGGCGCCCGGACCUUGAAGAAGAAUAUGAAGACAAAGAGGGCAACAUUUACAAUAAGAAGACAUAUACUGAUCUGCAGCGCCAGGGAUUGAUUUAAACUAAAGAGUCAUCCAGAUUUUGCUUCCUUACAAACUAUGCUUGUCUACAUUGAAUCAUUAGGAGAGACUUGAUCAGUCAAUUGGAGAUAUUAAGACACUACUUUCAAGAGGAAUAUGAUGGCGGACGACUUUUUGAACUGUGAUCUUGUUAUCUUUUGAAGGAUCUAGGCAAAGGAGAGCAUUGUUAGCGAAGGUCCUUUUGUUUCCAGUUACGAGUUAUAGUACUAAGCGAUGCACCAUUUUUAGCAGUUCAAAUUCAGCAUUUGUAGUUAAUCUGAUCCACAUCUCACUAGUUUGUGUUCCAUAUCAUGGUUUUCCUUGCACAAUGAAUGGCAGUCGCUACAGUAACAAAAUCAACAAGAACUUGAAUUUAUCUAAUAAUAAUGUGUAAACCCAAAGAUUAUUGAGGGAUUCCUAAAAAAAAAUAAAAUAAAUAAAAAAAAGAGAAUAUUGAGGGAAUGCUGGAAACUUCUUAGUGUUGGUUUUGAGGUAAUUUUGUAGCCAUGUUUUUAAUUUUUUAUGUGGGUAAGUUAGUCUCGCUCAAUUAGUUUUUGUUGCUGCUGUUUUCUGAAAAGAAUUAAAUAAACAUUUGUUCAUUAAGUCCA